CAAUUUUUUUAUUCACUCUGCUCUAGGAGUCCGCCCAAGUACUAUUACACCUCCCGCGUGGCGGCCCCAGAAAUUCCCCUACCCAAAGAAGCCGGUUCCUCGAUCAAAAACACUACAAAGUAUCAUUUGAUCGGGAGGUCGCUUUCCACGCGCAUCGCGGCGACGGCCCACCGCGGUCCGAAACGCCCACUCCCUACACAGCGAUAAGCCGAUUCUCUCCCAAACCCAAACACCCCCCCCUCUUUUGCUCCUCCAAAGAUGAAGUCGACGACGCACACACCGUCCGCCUCGGACGCCUCGCAAACGCCCAUCCCCAUCUCCAUUACCAUCUGCGGCGACGGCGGCUGCGGCAAGUCCUCCAUCACCCUCCGGCUCGUCAGGAGCCAGUGGACGAGCGAGUACGACCCGACCAUCGAGGACAGCUACAGCGUGACGCGGCGGCUGGACGGCGUGGUGUACCACCUGAGCCUGACGGACACGGCCGGGCAGGAGGAGUACCGCGGCAUGUGGGCGUCGUCCAACCUGGGCGCCGACGCCUUCCUGCUCGUCUACGACAUCACGUCGCGCGACUCGCUCGACGCCCUCGACUACUUCAACGAGCUGAUCGACAUGGAGGCCGAGACGCGGCUGGACAAUGCGGCGCGCGCGCGCCGCGCCGGCCUGACCACCCUCGACCUCUCUUCCUCCUCCUCCUCCGCCGCCAUUGGCGUCGGCGGCGGGUCGUCGGCGAGCGGCAAGACGGUCCCGCCCGUCAAGAUCGUCGCGGGCAACAAGUGCGACCUCCAGGAGAGCCGGCAGGUGCCCGCGGCGACCGGGCUCGAGUGGGCGCGCAAGCGCGGCUGCGGCUUCAUGGAGACGAGCGCCCGGCUGGAGGUCAACAUCGAGGAGACCUUUGCGCUCAUCAUCCGCCGCGUCGUCGAGGCCCGCCGCCUCGCCCAGACGGCCGCCGGCGCCCAGCCCGCCGCCACCAGCCGCGGCAUGACCAAGCCGCUGACGCCGCUGCCGCCGCCGGGCGACGACGAGGCCGACGAGGAGAAGCGCGGGCCCGGCGUCAGGGGCCCCAACAUCAGGGGCGACCGCGUGGGCAAGGGGGACGGCGGGUUCUGGAGGAAGUUGCGGUGCUGGUAGGGCCGGACGUGCCGGAAGCUCGGAGCGGGCCGGGCGGGAAGGCUCCAACGAGUCGGGCGGGGCCUGGCCGGUAGAGGGAAGCGUCGCGGGAUCGUCAAGGAUCAGAUCAGGAUCGUCAGGGAUGCUUAGGCUGGUUUUCCGCAGGGUGGAAAGGGGCGGGAGGAAUUUUUUUUGGCGAGAAGCAAGCGAGGAGUUGGGAGAGACAUGCUUGGAACAUACUUUUUAAGACGGGAGCUUGGAGUGCGCGAGA